AUGAGUCCAGGGAUACGGAAGGUGGAAGCUUUGGAUGCGGGUCACUUGGUCCGUGUGGAGUGGGACGAUGGGAGCGAGAGCUGCUACCCCUGCGUGUGGCUGAGGGACAACUGCCAGUGCCCCCACUGCUUCCUGCACUCAGCCAGGGCACGCAAGCUGCUCUUUGAGGACCUGGAUGUGAACAUCGUGGUAAAGGAAGUCUUUCUGGCAGAUAGGAAAAAGAUCUCUAUUACAUGGCCCGAUGAACAUGCAAGCGAAUAUGAAGCUGAGUGGUUGAAAAAGCGAUGUUUCUCUGAAGAAGCCAGGGCAAAAAUGCAAGAAGCUUUAUUUUUACCAG